GAUCUUCCUCCUCCAGCUCUUUCAUUCCUCCCCAGCCUCCAGCGACUUCUCUACUCCAUGGUCUGUAGAUCUGCUCCAGAAAUUUUGACAUUAUAAAGAAGAAAAUUUUAGGUGUUUGGACAUUCAAGUGAAGACUAAUCAGAUUAUCUAAGAGUAAUCACAGGGAGUUUCGAAGGGAGAACUUAGAGGCAUUUGAGUCUCCUCCCUAAGGUGGGUCAAAGCUUGUUCCUUGGGAGUGAGCAUACAUAUAUAGCUCCUAAAGCCAGAACUGCCUUUCUACGGAGCAACAAGCUGUCUGGAAUUGCUUUGUUCUAAGGCAAGUAGGAUCCUUCAGAAGACAGGAAUGAGUGACCUCCGCAGGAAGGGAUGGUGGAAUGUGCCUGACUACUUCCACAGCCCACUGGUGUUUGACAUGGAAGAGGACAAGGAAGACUACAUAUUUGGCCCUCAUGAUGAAUACCUUCACACCCUGGAGGUCCACAGCAACACCCUCAUCCAGCUGGAAAGAUGGUUCACACCCACAGGCCAAACCCGAGUCACUGUGGUGGGGCCACUUAAGGCAAGGCUGUGGGUGAUGGACAUGAUCAGAAAAGUGGGGAGUAAGAACAAUUUGGAUCAAAUUAAAGGCAAGAUGAUGCUACUGCAGAUCCGGGAUCAUCCUCUGAGGGAUCGAGACCUGGAGCUUCAUCCGGAAUCAGGGAGCAGUCUUUGGAUUACCACAAUGAAUGAUACGACUUUUGUGGAAGUUCCUCACUUCUUGAGGUUUCCUUUGACAGUUGCUUGGUUGUUUUGUGGUUUUGUGAGAAUUCUUGGUAUUCAUAACUUCGCAGACCUCCAUUGGUAAAUGCUUUGGGAAAGCAGCAGUUUGGAAAAGCAGUGUUGGUGGUGGUGGUGGGUGGGUGGGGGACAGGUGUUUCAUCGGCCUUUAAAAAUUAAUAAAAGAUAGUCAAGGAACUUUGAAUUGUGGACCAUAUUGGCAAUCUCUAGAAUUGUAAGGCAUAAGAUUACACUCUUGCUGGUGUAAGAUUCUGGCAAAGGUAUCUGUGACAGGCAAUGCCUUUGAUGUUGGUCUCUUUUGUCUACACUAAUCCGACCUAGUGGUAGAAUUUCUGGGCAAGGCAGAUUCCAAGGUCUGGGAAGGCUACAAUUUCUCCCAAGAAUUACAAUCUGGGAGGUGGGAGUGGAAACAAGAUGUAAAUUGCUUCUCUCACAUGGAAGCACCUUAGGCUGUGUUACUGGGAGUGUCUGAUUAAAGCAAGUUGUAUUUAAAAUCGCAGGAGGGCCUGGCUAGACUACUGCCAGGGUGACCUGCCAUAGUUAGUUUUUAAAUCAAACUGGUUCAUGGUAGUAUUUACUUGGCACACAAUUUUUUUUUCAAAGUCAAAACAUUUAUUAUGCACUUAACAAAGGGGGACAAUCUUCUCAUGGAAAGGUGCCCCUAUUAUGACACGCUCAAACUACAAUAGUACUAGUGAAGAAAAGAAUGCUUGACACUUUUUGCAGAUGGAACAUCCAUUCUCUUGCUCAGAGGAAGAUCUUUCCUUUACAAUGUGUCUCAGGCUUUUAGGUGCUUGACAUAUCCAUGUUCCUAUCAGCAAUGGACAUUGACUUUCGAUUUUGUCCAUCUCUAAUACUCAGCUUUCAUUUUUUUGUUCCACAAUCAAUAUUCCAGUAGUUCUCUCUGGUAUAGGCAAUGCUGGGUCUCCAGAUCAUAAACUUAGGACCCACAACAGUUUAAACAUUUGGAUGUAGCAAAUGUGACUCUGUUGGGCUGCCUAUUAGCCCAGAUUAUGUCCAGAAGACAUAAUUUCAACUAACUCGGAUUUAAUAGGAGUUCAUUUAAGUCCUUUACAGAGAAAGUUGUCUUCUAGGAAUUCUUGCUGAUACUUGUAACUUCUUGAAGAUUAAUCUGUUACUAUUUGUUCUAAUAAAGAUACAGGUGGGUACAUG